AUGGAGCUGGCUCAGGAGCCAGUGACUUUCGAGGAGGUGGCUGUGGAUUUCACCAGGGAAGAGGGGGCUCUGCUGGACCCCACUCAGAGAGCCUUCUACAGGGAUGUUAUGCAGGAGAACUAUGAGACGGUGGUCUUGCUGGGUGAUGGGAUGGUGAGUGAGAACGAGGAGGAGAAACCCCAGCAGGAAGAUGCUGAGCAAGUAGAACCACAUGGAACGUUAUCAGGAAGAUCCAAAGGGAAUGUGUCUGGGAGUUGUGCACUCCCAGAAAAAGCAAAAGCCUGUGAGACUCAGCACAGGCCAGAGGAAAACUUCAGUAGCCACUCAAACCUUAUUACACGCGAGAGAAUCAACUUGGAAGGGACACGCUACACAUGCCAUAAGUGUGGGAAAAGCUUCAAUCGGAGCUCAACCCUUCUCACACAUUGGAGAACCCACACUGGCGAGAAACCCUACACGUGCUCUGAGUGCGGGAAAAGCUUCAAUCGGAGCUCUGCCCUGAUCACACAUCGGAGAAUCCACACUGGUGAGAAACCUUAUGCAUGCUCUGAGUGUGGGAAAAGCUUCAGUCAGAGGCCACACCUUACCGCACAUCAGACAAUCCACACGGGUGAGAAACCUUAUGAAUGCUCUGAGUGUGGGAAACGCUUCAUUGAUAGUUCAACCCUCAUCUCACAUCAGCGAAUCCACACAGGAGAGACGCCCUAUACAUGCUCUGAGUGUGGGAAAAGCUUUAAUCAGCACUCACACCUUAUCACGCAUCGUAGAAUCCACACAGGAGAGACGCCCUACACAUGCUCUGAGUGCGGGAAAAGCUUCAAUCAGAGCUCAAACCUUAUCAAACAUAGGAGAAUCCACACGGGAGAGAGACCCUACACAUGCUCGGAGUGUGGGAAAAGUUUUAGUCGGCGCUCAGCCCUUAUCACACAUAGUAGAAUCCACACAGGAGAGAAACUCUACACGUGCUCUGAGUGCGGGAAAAGCUUCAAUCGGAGCUCAAACCUUAUCACACACAGGAGAAUCCACACGGGAGAGAAGCCCUACGCAUGCUCUGAGUGCGGAAAAAGCUUCAAUCAGAGCUCUGCCCUGAUCACACAUCAGAGAAUCCACACAGGAGAGAUGCCCUACACAUGCUCUGAGUGUGGGAAAAGCUUCAAUAAGAGCUCAAACCUUGUCGCACAUAGGAGAAUCCACACCGGAGAGAGGCCCUACACAUGCUCUGAGUGUGGGAAAAGCUUCAAUCAGAGCUCAAACCUUAUCAAACAUCAGAGAAUCCACACAGGAGAGACGCCCUUCACAUGCUCUGAGUGUGGGAAUAGCUUUAGCCAGCACUCUCAACUUAUCACACAUUGUAGAAUCCACACAGGAGAGAAACCCUACACAUGCUCUGAGUGUGGGAAACGCUUCAGUUAUAGCUCAGCCCUUACCACACAUCAGAGAACCCACACGGGUGAGAAACCUUAUGGAUGCUCUCAGUGUGGGAAACGCUUCAUUCAUCGUUCAGCCCUCAUCUCACAUCAGCGAAUCCACACAGGAGAGAAGCCCUACACAUGCUCUGAGUGCGGGAAAAGCUUCAAUCAGAACUCUACCCUGAUCGUACAUCAGAGAAUCCACACAGGAGAGACGCCCUUCACAUGCUCUGAGUGUGGGAAAAGCUUCAAUCAGAGCUCAAACCUUAUUAAACAUCAGAGAAUCCACAUGAGAGAGACGCCCCAUGGAUUAUCUGAGUGUGGGAAAAGCUUCACUCAGAGCUCAAGCCUUAUUAGACCUCAGAAAUUCCACGUGGGAGAGAACUAA